AUGACAAGUCGCAUGCCCGAGUGGAAAUCAACUCGAGUAAGGAAAAGCUGGACGGCGUAUAGCACCGAGGAGAAACAACGUUAUCUCACGGCAGUAAAGAAGGCCAUGACAUCUGGUUAUCACUUAAUGUUUACACAGAUUUACAUGGAACAUGAGAGUCUACAAGAGGUGGUAGGAACAUGUGGUGCACCUGCGUGGUACCGUAAAUACCUUCUCGGGUACGAAAACAUGUUACGGUCUUUGGAUCCGACGUACACGAACGUGACGCUGCCAUUUUGGGACAUGUUUGAAGAUUCGGCCAAACGACUAUCAAUGAGCACAUCUUGCAUUGGAAUUGAAGGCUGUUCAUUAAUUUUGAAAGCAUUUGGAGGCUGUCAAGGCAAUGAACUUGUUCCUGGUACUUCUUAUCUUGUCAAUGGUGAAGCAAUUCCAAGUGGAAAUUGUGCAAAUACUAGCAUUGCAGCACAUGCUUGUGCUACUAGCAACAAGUGUGAAAAUUGUCUUCCACGAGGAGAUUGGGACAUUGGUGACGCCACGUUGGAAUUUGGACCAACGACAUUUGCUGAUUUGAUACGUCAUGCCCGUGAUGCUAAGAAUACAAGUAACAGUGGCGUGGAUACGCUGCGUGAGGAAGUUCAAAAUUCGGUGCAACUUAUAGUACAUAGUGUUUUGGGAGGUGUGUACGAGACGCGGGCUGCUGCUUUUGAUCCGAUUUUCUUCAGUCACUACGCAACACUUGAUAUGGUGUACCAGUUCUUCCAGAGCUGCAACCAGACCGUUGCACUCACUGGUUCCUGCAAAACUAACGGUAAUCGCACGAUCUCACCGACCGCUAUCAUUCCUAUGAAAAUUGACAACACAACAGUGGAACAACAUGCGGAUCUUGGUGCGUUUUUCAAGCCUCUAGGCACAACUUUUGGAAGCAUGGACACUUUUGCUGUGGAGUACGAGCUUGGGCCUUUUCUUCAAAACAUGCUAAAGAAGUUUUCACUGCAGUGCAACGCGGAGAAGAGUGCUUCUGGUGCAAUUUCGUACGCCACUGGAAAAGACAUGUUUGAGGAUGCCGCUGCAAUCACCACUUUAGUAAAUGACUUGGUCGCUUGUGAUCAAACUUCAAAGAUGAAAGGGACAACAAUAGAGGCACCGUCUGCUCUCAUUUCUUGCCAGCUGCUCUCUUCGUUGCAAAAUGGCGUGUUUACAAAUUUCAGCACACCCGUACGCGAAUUCUUUGGUGUCACUCAGGAUGAUUUGCCCAAGUGUGUGGGGGCACUUGCAGCCGUGACAACUGUUGAAGUCACUGUCAUGCCGUCCGUGACCUGUCACAAGACAAUUCUCAAGGACACCAGUAUUAAUACGAAGACGGACUUUAAAUCAGUCUCGGAUGGUUUUGCAAUUGUAACGAGAGGCGCCCAAGAUGGAGAGAUGCGGUACAUGCAGCCAGCCCAGUAG